AAAUGAGUAUGAAUGAUUAUAUGAAAAUAACAUUCUUCAAUGGGUUUAUCAUUCUAUUAGGUGUUGGCCCGUAGAACGGAAUGACAUGAAUUAUACAAUGAAAACAGCCUUUUCAUAUUACGGUAUUACCUUCGUUUUGUUGUGGUCACACUGUAUUCCAUUAACAGUGCCCAGUGGAUAAUAUGAGUUUUAGAUAAACUGCGUUCAUUAAUUUUUCUUCGACUGAAAUUUGACUUACAAUUUUGAACUAUUUUUACUAAAUUCAUUUUAUUUAAACAUUGUCUGGGUUUUAUAAAACAACAAAAUGUCGAAAACUACCAACAUGAAAGAUAUUUUACCCGCAUUCCCCGAGGAAAAUAUUGAUAUGUUUGCCGCUACCAGUGUUUUACAGCAACAAGCAGCAGAAAUAAGAAAUUUGAAUCCAAAUUGGUCUUCUUAUUUACAGUCUCAGAUGAUAUCACAAGAUGUGUUUGACUUUAUUAGUGCUUACGAUGUAACUGAUGCAAAAGGCCAAUUUUUAAACAGCAACCGUCCUCAAGCUGCUAAGGCUUUUUUUAGCUUAUUGGAACAUAUUUCAAAGGAGUCAACUAUACAAUAUGUACUUGUACUAAUUGAUGAUUUAUUGACAGAAGACCGAUCACGUGUAGAAAUAUUUCAUGAAUAUGCUCUUAAAAAAAAUGAACCUGUUUGUGGAAAUUUUUUAAACUUAUUGAAUGCUGCAGAUGGUUUCAUAAAUAAUAUGUCUGCUCGGAUUAUAGCAAAAUUUGCUUGUUAUUCAACUGAUCUCAUCAAUCAAACUGAUCUUCAGUUCUACUUGAAUUGGAUUAAAGAGCAACUUUUGUCUGCAAACAAUGAAUACAUGCAAUCAGUUGCUCGCUGUUUGCAGAUGUUAUUGCGUCGUGAUGAAUAUAGAACUGCUUUCAUUUCGGUUGAUGGAAUAUCUACUCUUUUAAGUAUAUUAUCAGGACGAGUUAAUUUCCAAAUACAAUACCAACUAAUAUUCUGUGUUUGGGUUAUGACAUUCAAUCCAAGAUUGGCUGAAAGAAUGAACAAAUUUAAUGUUAUUCCGAUCUUGGCAGACAUUCUGAGUGAUUCUGUUAAAGAAAAGGUCACACGGAUUAUUCUUGCUGUAUUCAGGAAUUUAAUUGAGAAGCCAGAAGAUAGUACUACUUCAAAAGAACACUGUAUUGCUAUGGUUCAGAGCAAAGUAUUAAAACAACUAAGUAUUCUUGAACAAAGGAAAUUUGAUGAUGAAGACAUAGUGGAGGACAUUCAAUUUUUGAAUGAGCGUCUACAAGCAUCUGUUCAAGACCUAAGCUCAUUUGAUGAGUAUGCUACUGAAGUGAAGUCUGGUCGUUUAGAAUGGAGUCCUGUGCACAGAUCAGCCCAAUUCUGGCGAGAAAAUGCAUCUCGUUUGAAUGAAAGAAAUUAUGAACUUUUACGUAUAUUGGUGCAUUUGUUGGAAACAAGCAGAGAUCCACUAGUUUUAAGUGUUGCUAGUUUUGAUGUUGGAGAAUAUGUUAGACAUUAUCCUCGUGGAAAACAUAUAAUUGAACAGCUUGGUGGAAAGCAACUUGUUAUGCAACUUUUAUCCCAUGAUGAUGCUAGUGUGCGUUAUGAAGCACUCUUAGCUGUACAAAAACUCAUGGUGCACAAUUGGGAAUACCUUGGUCGUCAAUUGGAGAAAGAUCAAGGCACUACUUCAGACAGAACUGCUCUUACAGGAAAAGCUUAAAAAUAAAUGAAAAAUAAAAUCUACGAAAUAAAUUCAUCAUAAUAAUAAUGUACAGUUGUUAAAGUUGUCAUUUUAUAGAUUAGUUAUAUAAACAAUAUUAGUUUGAUAUCA